GCUGCGGACCUGCGGUAACAAAAUACGUGUAUAUGCGUGGGCAGGCUAGCAGACGCAAUUCGCAAUGUUGCUGGUAUCAAAAAACUGAAUCGAGCUACCAAACAAAGCUGUGAUACGUUUCGAUUCAUUGUAAAAUGGAUCCUGUUUUAUUAAUAUGUAUAGCACUAGUUGCUGUUAUUGUUGUUGGUAUUUUCAUAACAUUGUUUAUGAUAAAAAAAUCACAGCAAAAGAAAUCUGAAGACGGUGAAGAUAGGCAACAAGGACAAGCAGCAAGGAGAGGAGUUGUUCGAGGUGUCAGACAACGACAUGUUCCUAGAUUAGCCGCUGUUCAUGAACAAGCUGCCCCAGAUGAUAGAAGGGCUGAUAAUAGUGAUGACAAUGAAGAUCAUGCUGAAGCUGAUCUAAGCAAGUUGGGAGCAAAGAAAAGGGCUAAACUUGAAGCUAAGGCAGAGAGAAAAGCACAAAGAGAAAUAGAGGAAUGUCAACGCGAAGAACGUAAAAAGCGCGAGGAACAACAACAGAAAAUACGUGACGAAGAAAUUGCUCGUCAGAAUGAAGAAGAAAGAAAACGAGAGGAAGCUGAAAAAGCUGCAAUAGAAGAAAAAGAAAGACGUGAGCACGAAGAAUAUUUGAAAAUGAAAGAAGCUUUUCAGGUAGAAGAAGAGGGUUAUGAAGAAAAUGAUGAUGAAAAAGAGACGAAUCUCCUUAAAGACUUUGUUGACCAUAUCAAGCGUAACAAAAUAGUCAUUCUUGAAGACUUGGCUCAACAAUUUAGUUUGAAAACUACCAAAGUAAUAGAUAGAAUAAAGCAAAUGCAGGCUGAUGGUAUACUUAGUGGGGUUAUUGAUGAUAGAGGAAAAUUUAUUUAUAUUUCACAAGAAGAACUUGAAGCUGUAGCUAAAUUUGUAAAGCAAAGAGGGAGAGUUAGCAUACAAGAGCUUGCUGAACACUCAAAUACACUGAUUAAUUUGAAUUCUGCUAAUGUUGUUGAAGGAUAGGCUCGUUUUUUAUAAAUAACUUUUAUAAAAUAUGUAUUUUCUACGAUGCAAUGUUGUAUUAAGCGUAGAUGAAACAAAAAUUUAUAAUUUUUAUCAUAAACUUUUAUUUAUUACAAUUUUAUAAUUGCAGUAAAUAAUGUUGUAAAUUUUAAUUGUUGUUCAAGAAUGUGACCUUUGGUUCAUGUUCGAAAAAUUGUUAUUGAACAUAAAAGGCCACAUGAAAUGAUUGAAUAAUGUCACAAGCUCUAUGAGAUUCAGUUCUGUUAUAAUACAUAAAAAAACAAUAUCCAUUGUAAAUAGUUGAGAGUAAGCUAAGAUUAAAUGAAAACUGUUGAAGUCGAUUUGAAUUAAAAAAAAAGUUUAUAAUUAUAAAAGUUUUUUUGCAAUAAAAAUAAAAUCUCAAAAUUGUGAA